AUGGGUUAUACGCCUCAGUUUCCAAAUACAGGUGCUGAGUUGCCGACCCCACAAACGGUUUUGAGGCCGGGUGGUCGUGAUGGAUUUGAGGAGUACUAUUUUGAGGGUGCAGAUGCACAGACAAACUUUCGGUCGCCACAGACCCCGCACACGCCACGGCCACCGAACACGCCACCGACGCCGCAUGGCUCCACCUCUAGAGGUGUUACGGGCGGCCACGACUCGAAUGCGAGUGAUUUUCAGGAGUCUUCAUUGCCCCUCAUCAGCCGAAAAGGGAGAAAGUGGAAUUCACUAGAGAAUAGUAACAUAUUUGAUGCCUUCAAGUGUGUCCUCAAGGAUAGAUACAUGGAUCGGAUGAAACGUAUCAGGAUUAAAUCUGGGGAAAUGGCACGAAAUGAUGGGAAACCCGUCCCCUUAGGUCAUUGUACCUACUACGAAGGGAUGCAUGACUACCGCCCUGGGCGCGUACCGGAGUAUGUGUGGCGACGUUUGUGUGAUCAUUGGUCGACAGAUAAGUGGAGAAAGAAUUCAAAAAUUGCUCAGCAGAACCGCAAAGUCGCAGAUGCUAAUGGGUCGACAGCUAGGCACACCGCGGGUAGUAUAGGAUUUGACGAGCACCGUAACAACAACAACAACAAAUGGAAAUGGAAAUGGUUAUGA